AUGAAGUCGUUCAUCAUUGUCAAUAUACUCCCUUGCGCAGCUGUGACUUUGGCCUUCCAGCAGCGAAUUAUUUCCGGCAAUGUUUGCUCUUCGGCUUUAUCUCAGGUCCCGCAUUCUCAGCAAGACCAAUUAGAAGGAUGCAAAUACUUUGGUCAAGAUCAUUUAAAUGCUGUUUCUCUCACAAAUUCAUCAUCCUCAUGGACAUCGCAAGGCAAUUGCCACAACGGCACUGAGACGUUUUGCGUCUUUUCAUCCAAGGACUUUGCAGGUGGUAGAGGCAUCUCUAUCUUAACAACAAUCGAUCGCGCUGAGAAUUUUCAACAACUACCAGCAUUUGUUGACGGAGAUGCGUUAUCGGGGGUCAAUGAGCAACCUUCGCCACCUUUCGAAGAAAAGGAGCUCCCUGGGAGAGGGCGUGGUCUCAUUGCGAAUAAGAUGCUGCAUCGUGGGGACAGGAUAUUUGCACACACACCCAUCUUGAUGCUGGACAGUGAGAUUUUCGGAGGCCUAGAAACGGCCGAAUGGCUAGAGCUGGAACAUGCAGGCGUCAACAAUCUUCCUCCCAAAACGAAGAAGAAGUUUUCGGCACUAUAUGGCAGCCCUGUAACAGAUCCAGUGAGUGAUCGCAUUGACACCAAUGCUUUUGUACUUGACCUGCAUGGGGUCACAUAUUACGCCGUAUUCCCUGAGACAGCUCGUCUCAACCAUGAUUGCCGCCCCAAUGCGGCCUACUUUUUUGACAAAGAGACUCUUACACACUACGUACACGCAAUCACGGACAUUACUCCUGGUACCGAGAUUACCAUCACAUAUAUCGAUCCUCAUAUGUCACGCGAGAACCGCCUCAAGAAGCUGUCCUCUCUCUGGGGAUUUCAUUGUUCUUGCAGCUUAUGUAGUCUUCAUUCAGACCUGGCUCAUGAAUCUGACGAACGCCUCGACCAGAUAAACACCAUACGUGAGCGUCUGGAGGACUGGGAAACUGCGCCCCCACAAAUGGCGCUGGCGCUCAUUAGUCUUUAUGAACAAGAGCGUCUGCAUGCUCCUCUGAGUUCAGCAUAUUGGUAUGCGGCUGUGACGAGUUGUGCGGAGGGCCUGUAUUGGGACACGAUACGAUAUGCGCGUCUGGCGGUCGAGUUGGGGAUGUUGGAUUAUGGAUUUAAAGAUGAGGACUUUCAGCUCAUGAGGAGCCUAGCAAAAGAGCCGGAAAAAGAUACAUGUUGGCUAACUAGAUUAAAAUAA